CCCUGCAGUAGCUGAAGCUCAGUUGAAGGUGUGGCUCUCCACGGUAAGAACUUAAACUACAGAGCUCUGACGAUACUGUUAGAAUCCGUCAUCUUAGAACUCGAGCGAAGAAGUUUACAAAGAGACAAUGAAGGGCUACACUCUCCUAGCGUUGCUUGUUGUGGUCGGCUGUGUGUCAGCAUACCAAGAUGAUGAGGUCGCCCUUUUGGAGCGCCUUCUGGACUUGAAGAGGUCUCAAAAUCCAAACGGCCAAGAAGGGAACUUCGCUGAACAAAAGCGCUAUACAUGUGGACCACUGUUCCAGUGUCCUGCGGGUCAGUACUGUCAAGAUAAAGAUGGCACUGGAUACUGCUUUAAAAACACGCAGGAAAGGGAAGCCGCUGAAGAAAAGCGCUAUACAUGUGGACCACUAUUCCAGUGUCCUGCGGGUCAGUACUGUCAAGAUAAAGAUGGCACUGGAUACUGCUUUAAAAACACGCAGGAAAGGGAAGCCGCUGAAGAAAAUGAACCAACCCUUCGGGAGCUUCUCCGUAAUCUUGAGAGUCUGUUGAAUAAACGCACAAACGGGCAAGAAGGUAACUUCGCUGAACAAAAGCGCUAUACAUGUGGACCACUAUUCCAGUGUCCUGCGGGUCAGUACUGUCAAGAUAAAGAUGGCACUGGAUACUGCUUUAAAGGUAAAUAAAUUGAUCUGAUGGACUGUCGCAGACAACGAGGAACUGACAAGCAUUACUUACACUGACAACAAAUUGUUUUAUGCCCAUUAAAGGUAAAUAAAUACGAGUAGAUGGGUUUACUUUGAAUGUUUUUGCAAUAUUUCGCUAAGUUGUAUUACUGCUUAUCUUAACGGUUACGUAAACAAUGAUAAUGAUGCUAAACUAACCUGAAAAUGUUGCUCAGCAGAAGAAGUAAUACGUUUUGCACUUUUAAUAUUGCUAAAACUGUUAACGUCCUGUUAGUAUUAAAGGGCUAUUUGGGUCUGGCACAUGACAGAACUUUGUAUGGACCCGGACAAUGUAAAUAUGCAUUCAUGAGAAAAGAGCGAUCAGCCAAAACAUGCAACCAGCGAAAAUUAACUUAAUAGUAUAGUAGUAUAUACAAUGUGUCCCGUGACAUCACUUGUUUACAAAAGAGGCACCAAGCCCGCAGGCAUAAUUUGUACACAGCUCAAUGGUAGAGACAUAAAAUCUGAUAUUUUACGGAGAUUGCACUGUCUAACUCUCGUAAACGUUUGAUAUGAUGAAAGGGGGCACAUCGCAAAAAACCUGUCCAGCUUUUACUUUCAUUUCUCUUUGAUUUAUGUGGCAAUUAUGACACAAAAUGUCAACUUUCCCAUAUGACCAGUGCAGUAUCUUGCCUGCCAGACUAGCCAAAGAAUGUACAAGGUCACAGCUAUUGUAAACAAAUGUCACAUGGUCUAUAGUGUAAUUGUCCAGUAUCAAAUAGAUAAGUACAUUAAUUUCAAAAAAGAAAAGAAAAAUCAAACAAACCUAGCAUUUCAUCCAACCAACGUAAAUGAUAACACAUUUUGGUCGGCAAUUGUUUUAAAGAAACUCCUGUUCUUACAAUCUUAAAGUGCACGUUGCUUUGGAUCGGGCGAGUUGGUAUAUGAAAACUUGUAGAAGCCAUUUGUUAUGAAAUGCAAGUGAACAAAAAUGCUUUAAAAGUAGAAUAUAAUGAUCGACAUAAACAUUCCUCGAAAUGUCGUGGUUUUCCCUUGUUUGCGAGAUAACACGGUCGGCCGUUUUGUGGAGUUCAAGAAUUGGCUCCAGAAAAUGGCAAGCCGUGUUAAUUCACGACGUAUAAGGAAAACAUUGAAAUUUCGAGUUUUUUUUGUGUGGAUUAUUAUCUUCUAUCUUUAAAACAUGUUUCCAACCAUAUGCAUUUUUUUCACUAACAAACUCGCCCGCUCUAAAACUAAACUGGGCACUGUUGCUUUAUGCUACGUGACACACAUUACGGAGAUUUAGGCCCAGUUUUAGACAACAUGUGGGUACAAGUACUAGGUAAGCAUAGUAGAUUCCUUGUUAGCUAAAAAAUGUUACCCAACAGUGUCCCGCUCAAUUUGUGUUCAACAUUAAAUGGUCCCGUAUGGAGCCUGAGCUGAAGCCGGAGCUAGAGUCUAGAGCCAAGCUACAUUCAUAAGUUGUUCAUCGCUAGGAAACAACCCCAGUCACAUUAACCCUUCGCGCUAUUAUUAAUUAGUUUGGUGGCAGUUUGUGUGAUUCUUCCUUAUAAAUUAAAUAAAUGCAUCAAACAUGAAUCAAAGA